AGCUGUGAUUUUUCAUUAGCCACUAAAGUUCCAAAAUUCUAACAAAAUGCAAGAUAACCUACUCAUCAAUACUCUGGAAUCCUUCAACGAAUUAACAGAUGAGGAUCAGAAAAGGUGCAAGGAAAUCUUCGAAAGGCCCCUCCCUCUCAAACUGGAAAAUAAUAAGUACAUAAAGUUCACUAAUGAUAUCCUCAAAGAGUUCCCGAAUGAAACUGAAGAUAAAGCAUGCUUCUUGACUUUCCAAAUAAUAUCUUUGGAUAUCAGUUAUAGUGUUCUGAUGUUUAGUCUGUGUGGCGUAUUCGAAAGUUUCCAUUUCGUUUUGUAUGCCGGUGUAUUAGAAGAUGCAAAAGUACCAGGAAAAGAGCAAUUUGUCAGUGACAUUUUAAAUAAUUUAAUUAAAACUGAGAUACCCAAACUUAAGCAUUUCAGCAUGAAAUUUAUUUUACUUCGAAACAAUUUGAUCAACCAUAAUGUCGUCAAGAUUCUCUCAGAUAUGAAGCAGAGCAUCUGCGAAGAUUUUUUAUUUAUUGCUGUUUCUGGAUACUGGCGUUUCUCUAAUUUACAUAAUCCUUAUGCUAAAAAUGCCAGUUUUGCAAUCUUAAAUACAUUGAUUUCAGCGGAGAAUAUAGAAGAUCUCUUCAAUAAAUACAGGAAAAUAGCUGAGAACAAGAAUCUAAACUAUCUAAAGCAGUUUGUAAACGAUUACUAUAAGCUAUCCCUUGUACUGUUGGCUGGCAAAUCAUCUUUUAGUCUGCACCUUUGUACCUUGGAGCGAGUGGAUAAUUUUGAGUUGAUAAUCUGCAGUCACAUCAAGGCAUAUAAGGAGCACAGGGUAACUCGCAAAUGGAUCUUUCAAAUUUUGAGGGCAUUGAUCAUCAUCUACGAGCACUAAAAUGGUCGAACUAAAAGAUUUAUUUGACAGCCCUAAUAUAAUUGUGA